AUGCAGACCAGCGGUAAAGUUUGCAGUUUCUUCGCGUACGCGCUAUUGCUCUGUGCUCUUUCUGGUUCAAGUGCUGAGGAGCGAUCCAGUCGUAUUGUAGCGGGACGCAAUGCAGACAUUAGGGAUCACCCACAUAUGCUGCUUUUGCGCAAAAAUGGGUACGCUACUUGUGGUGCUGUGGUGAUCGGUGCAAAGUACGCGAUCACGGCCGCACACUGUGUGUAUCCUGCGUCGAACACAAGCACGAUUUCUUUACAUGGCGGUAGUACAACACAGCUCGGACCGAGUGUGGAAUUCUCCGUUGCACGCGUUACGGUACAUCCUAGGUACUACGACAGUGCCAACGAUAAUGAUAUAGCGAUCUUAGAGAUCAGGAACGAGUUUAGUGGCUAUCCAAAUGUGGCACCUAUAACGCUUCAGAACACUGAACCGACGUCCUCUUCUGGAAUUUGUUAUGUUACUGGUUGGGGGAUCACCAACACCAGAACGAACGCCGUAUCGAAUAUACUACAAAUUGGAUCACUUCAGCUCAUUCCACAAAGAACUUGUCGUUUACAAUGGUAUCCCAAUCCCAUAAGCGCAAACAUGAUCUGCGCACGGGGUGAUUCUGCUGAUACGUGUGCGGGUGACAGUGGUGGUCCACUUGUUUGUGGUGAUCGCUUAUACGGUCUCGUGUCUUGGGGUAGUUUCCGCUGUGAUAGAACUAAGCCUGCGGUUUUUACCAGCAUAUUUGCAAGCAGCAUAAGAUCAUUUAUCAAGGUACAGAGCGGUAUUUAA